GUGUGUAUCCAGAUCAAACCAUUUUUUUACACAGAAUCAUGCACAAUACUAUUUCAUUCUCUAUACACCAAAGACAUAUCCUGCUUACACAUAUUGUUCACAGUCCAACUUAAAACCAGGAAGAGUUGAAAGGUAAAUAAGUCCAAACAACAAACAAAACAAAGCAGCAUGAUAAGAUAACGAACGACCUUGGAAAUCCGGAAGAGCAGGAAGUGAGACGGAAGGGUGCUAACGAGUAAUGCUCCAGUAAUGACCACAAUCCGUGAAGAUCCUAUACACAAUAUGUAAGGUUGGCUGGAGUCUGGCCAACUCAGUUAGUACUUGGCAGUGAUCAGUGGUAGUGGCAGAGGAAAUGAGAGCAUUUGCAAUUGUUUGGUGGUGUUUGCUGUUGUGGACCUUGGUGGUAGGUGCUGAAGAAGAGAAGAGAGAAGAUUCAAGGAGAGAAAAUCAUGCAGCGGUUACCAAAGUUUUAAGGGAAACGAAGAUGGGUUCUAUGAAGGAAAAUCAGGAAGAAAAGGAAGUUGACAAAUCCAAGAAGGAAGAACUAAUUCAAUCUAAUACCAAAAGAAUCACAGAUACCACGGAUGGUGCUAAUUACACUGUAAGUACAAACGUUAAUUGUACAAGAGAUGACACUACUAAUUUAAAUUCUUUAAACAAUCUUGAUAAAGGAACAGAAACAAUGGACCUAGAAGAAUUUCAUACUGAGAGUGUGACAACUGAGGAUUAUGAUCCGAAAAAAUUUGAACGGAGAUCAGACGAUUUUGAAGGUGGAUGGAAAGUUGUGCGGGAAACAUCUCCACGACUUGACAAGGACAUGAUAGGAAUGGCGUUCAAGAGUGAUGAAGUGAGUAAAGUUCAAAGUUUAAUAAAUAAGCAACAUGAUCCUAAAAGGUUUCAAAGAAGAACUUUUGAUAUAAUCGGGAUGCUAGGUUUCAAAAAUAAAAAGUAUGAUGCAGUGGUUACAAUUACUAAAGAGGAGGCUAUCCCAGUUCCAUACAACGUCGUGAAAACAGUUCCAGUCCCUGUUGCAGUUCAAGUUGAACGUCCGAUUCCUGUGGAAGUUGAAAAAGCUUAUCCAGUGACUGUAGAGAAAAAGGUUUAUUACCCCGUGAAAGAAUAUAUUCAAGCGCCUUAUCCAGUCUACAAAAAGGUACCGUACUUGGUAAGGAUAGCAGUUGAAAACCCAGUUCCUGUCCAUAUCGAUAAACCUUAUCCAGUAUACAUAGAAAGAAAGGUACCAUACCCAGUAGAAAGGCAGAUUCACUACCCAGUCAAAAUUCCAGUAGAAAGACGUAUUCCGAUCAAAAUUCCAGUUGUGAAGAACAUGUAUUACCCUGUAGAGAAGAAAGUCCCGUAUCCAGUGCCAGUUCCAGAGGAGAAACCGGUUGCAGUGCCGGUUGAAAACCCUUAUCCAGUUUAUGUUGAAAAGCAAGUGCCUGUUUUCUUAGAAACCCAUUUUCCAUCAGCAACACCCGCUGAAGAACACAAACCUGAAGAGCCUAGUCCACAAAAUAUUGGACAUGCUGAUGUUGAAGAUAGUUUUGUUCCAUCUGAGCCAAUUGAAAUAGACUUCCAAAAUAAUGAAAACAAGGUUGUUGAAGGAGGAUUUGUGCCUAUUGUAAAUCAUGACCCAACAAAACUGCAAGACAAGAAGGAUGAAGCUAUUACGCUAGAAGAACCUAAGAAAAAAGAAAACAAACCAGCUGAGGUCCCUUUAAUAUCUGAAACAAUUACAAGAGACAAAAUUUACAAAGAAAAUAACCACAAAAAUAUCAACAAGACAACAGAAAAACAUUUUCUGGAAUUUGGCAAAAAGAUAAAAAAAUUGUAAACGAGAUAAAUGUAGUAACUUAAGGACAAAAUCUACCUCAC